CUAAACGCUGGCCACUCAAAUAAAACCGACUCUUCUUCAACAAUAUUUACGUUUGAACACUGACUACUGCGUAGUUACAAAAUCGAAAAUGAUCUCUCUACCAAAAAGUGCUUUUGUCCAAUCAGUUGUCCAGGUUGCAUCAAGGGGAAACCUUACUUCCCAUGGCUUUGAUUUGUCAGCUUUCAAACCAAUCGUUAAUAGGCCGCCUUUAAGUUUAUCGUGUUUUUCUCUUCAAAAAUGCGUUGCCAAGAACAACACCAACGUUUUCACAUCUUUGGCAGGGCUCACACAGACUCGCUUUUCUCACACUGAUCUAAAAGUACCAGAUUUUUCAGAGUACAGACGUGAUCAGACAAAGCCACAUAAUGCCAGAACAGUUGACUCAGAGAUUGAACGUAAACUGACUUCAUACUUAUUACUAGGUGCUGGAGCAGUAGCAUCUGUUUACAGUGCUAAAGCAAUUAUUCGAGGGACAGUUUCAAAUUUGAGCUUUGCAGCUGAUGCUCUUGCCAUUUCUAAAGUAGAAAUCAAGCUUGAUGAUAUUCCUGAAGGUCGAAAUGUGACAGUAUCAUGGAGAGGAAAACCAUUGUUUGUGAAGCACAGAACUGAUGAGGAAAUAGAAAUAGAACAAGCUGUUGACAUUUCACAACUAAGAGAUCCUCAGACUGAUGCUGAGAGAGCAAUCAAUCCUAAAUUUCUCAUCCUUGUUGGAGUUUGUACUCAUUUAGGUUGUAUUCCAAUAGCCAAUACAGGUGACUACCCUGGUGGCUACUUUUGUCCAUGUCAUGGAUCUCACUAUGAUGGAUCAGGAAGAAUUAGAAAAGGCCCUGCACCAUUGAACUUGGAGGUGCCUACCUAUGAAUACAUCACAGACACUACAGUAGUUGUGGGUUAACUGGAUUGGUGAAUGUGCUCUCUGUCAUUUGUGUUCAAGACAUGUUUUCUUUGAUAUUGACAUCACAGCUCUAAACAAACAUUUUCAUGAUAUUGUUUACAUCUUGAUGGUUUGUGUCAAAGAAUAGUUAAUUCUUUUAAAAGGAAAGGCUAUUGUAAAUAAUAAUCUUAUUGCUUUGGCAAAUUUAGCACAUAGUUGCUUUUACUUUAAAUAUUAUAUAAAAUGAUUGCUUAAAACUAGCAUUUAAGUAAUGUAUAUAAAAUAAUUAAUCUUUGCAUUAACUAAUAUUUUUAGUGAGUUUUGCAAAUUAAAAAAAAAUAUCUUUUUUUUUUUUCAUGUUCAUAUUUGUUUAAUUACCAUAUGUAUAACCCUGCAAAUUCAGACCGUGAGAACAUAUUUGAAAGGCCAUGGUUAUUGUAUUUAAGAAAAAUAAAAAAUGGAAAAUUUA